GAGAUUUGUCCUCACCAAGAUGAGAGUCAUUCCAAAAGGAGCUUUUGCAGGACUUGGUGACCUAGAGAAAAUAGAGAUCUCACAGAAUGAUGCCUUGGAGGUCAUAGAAGCAAAUGUGUUUUCCAAUCUUCCCAAACUACAUGAAAUAAGAAUUGAGAAGGCCAACAACCUUGUGUACAUUGAUCAAGAUGCCUUCCAACACCUUCCAAGCCUCAGAUAUUUGUUAAUAUCAAACACUGGCCUUCGGUUUUUACCUGCUGUCCGUAAGAUACAGAGCUACAGAGCCUUCCUCCUAGAUAUUCAAGACAAUAUCAAUAUACGUACAAUUGAAAGAAAUUCAUUCACGGGCCUGAGUUCUGAAAGUGUAAUUCUAUGGCUAAAUAAAAAUGGGAUUCGGGAAAUUGAGAAUCAUGCAUUUAAUGGAACCUACCUGGAUGAGCUAAAUCUAAGUGAUAAUCACAACCUAGAAAAAUUACCAAAUGAGGUCUUCCAAGGAGCCAAUGGGCCUAUUGUUCUGGAUAUUUCAAGAACAAGAAUCAGUUUCCUGCCAAGUCAUGGAUUAGAACUCAUUAAGAAGCUAAGAGCAAGGUCUACAUACAAUUUAAAAAAGCUUCCCGAUUUAAGCAAAUUUAGAUCUUUGAUUGAGGCAAACUUCACCUAUCCUAGCCAUUGCUGUGCGUUUACAAACUGGAAAAGGCAAAACACUGAAUUACAUCCAAUAUGCAGCAUAUCUCAGGCCAAGCAAGACCUUGAUGAGCAGCCUGGCGAUAAGAUACAUAGGCGAUCUGCAGCUGAAGAUUAUAUUUCCAACUAUGGCAUAGGAUUUGACCCAGCAGAGAGUGAAUUUGACUAUGGUUUAUGCAAUGAAGUAGUUAACGUAGCUUGCUCACCUAAACCUGAUGCUUUCAAUCCAUGUGAAGAUAUCAUGGGAUACAACAUUCUGAGAGUCCUGAUAUGGUUUAUCAAUAUUUUAGCUAUCACUGGGAACAUUGUUGUCCUCAUCAUUUUAAUAAGCAGUCAAUACAAACUCACCGUACCUCGUUUUCUAAUGUGCAAUCUUGCAUUUGCAGAUCUCUGCAUAGGUAUCUAUCUGUUGUUUAUUGCAUCUGUAGAUAUCCAGACCAAAAGCCAGUAUUACAACUAUGCCAUAGACUGGCAAACUGGGGCAGGAUGCAAUGCUGCAGGAUUUUUUACAGUGUUUGCAAGUGAACUGUCAGUCUACACACUGACUGUGAUAACUCUGGAAAGGUGGCAUACCAUCACCUAUGCCAUGCAACUGGACCGCAAAGUUCGAUUUCGUCAUGCUGUGAUUAUAAUGAUUUUUGGCUGGAUGUUUGCUUUCACUGUGGCACUUCUUCCCAUAUUUGGAGUCAGCAGCUACAUGAAGGUCAGCAUCUGUUUGCCCAUGGAUAUAGAAACACCAUUUUCUCAGGCUUAUGUUAUAUUUCUUUUAGUGUUGAAUGUACUCGCAUUUGUGAUCAUAUGUGCCUGCUACAUCUGCAUCUACUUUACUGUGAGAAACCCUAAUGUAAUCUCUUCAAACAGUGACACCAAGAUUGCCAAGCGCAUGGCCAUACUGAUCUUCACGGACUUCCUCUGCAUGGCACCAAUAUCUUUUUUUGCAAUAUCAGCCUCACUCAAGGUUCCUCUCAUCACAGUGUCCAAAUCCAAGAUCCUUCUGGUUUUGUUUUACCCCAUCAAUUCCUGUGCUAACCCUUUUCUUUAUGCCAUUUUCACAAAGACUUUCCGCAGGGAUUUCUUCAUCCUGUUGAGCAAGUUUGGUUGCUGUGAAAUGCAAGCCCAGAUUUACAGAACAGAGACCUCCUCAUGUGCGCAUAAUUUCCACACUAGAAAUGGCCAUUGCCCUCCUGCAUCAAAAAACAGUGAUGGGACUAUUUAUUCAUUGGUUCCUAUGAAUCACUUGAACUGA